AUGCUCAGAACUUGCAGCCCUUCUUUAAGGCUUUUUUCCGGUUGUCUUUUGAGAAACUCUAUCAGACUACAAUCUACAAUAGAGACUGCACAGUUGGAUGAAGCGUUAGAAAGCACAUUUACCAUAUUUCCCCGUAUACAGGAUGUGAAACCUGAAGAUCUUUUGGGCAGUAGCUCUUUUGAGAAACAACAGUAUUUUGUGGAAAGAAGUGCGACUGGGAAUUUGCCAGUUUACACCGAUUACAAGGCCGGUGGUAAUAAAUCGGUUACUGAGAUUAGGAAAAUAACGGGGAACAUUGUACAGUUAAGAAACGAUUUACAGGCAGAAUUGCCACGCAUCGAUAAGGAUGCAUGGACGAUAAGGCCACAGUCAAAUAAAAUCGUUGUGAAAGGUGACGUUGCCCAAGAUAUAAAGAAAGUCCUUCGGGCAAAAUUCUAA